CCAACAGCCAUGUCCCAUUCAACGACAAAGUGCUACACUUCGUAUGUAUGGGCACCGCAACGGGUGUCUUCUACUGGAUAUUUGAUGUAGACGAGGAUGCGCGUCGAGUAUGGUUUUGGCGCUACUCUGCACUCAACUUUACGUUCGGUGUUUGUUUCUUAGUGGGAGGUAUCUUCAGCGAGAUUGUACAAUCAAUGUUGCCAUAUCGGAAAUUUGAAGCAGGGGAUAUCAUUGCAAAUAUCCUUGGGAGUUCAUGUGGGCUCACAGUUGCAUACUACCUUGAAAAAUAUUAUCGCAAGCGACGAGAAAUCGCACGAUUAUAUCAACCCAUCGAUGCAGAUAUCGCGGAUGCCAUAUCAGAUGACGAGCUGGAUAGUCUCACAUCUGAAGCUCAUGCCCUCCCCCUUUACCGCCAGCAAUCGAAACCAGAGAACGUCCCGACAUCGAGAAACCCAUCACGAAUGCGGGAUGUAUGGGAUGACCGCGAGGAGCUGUUCGCUGUUGAUGAGGAAGAUGAGGAUGAGCUAGAGGGUGAUAAUAUUCAUCCACAACCAAACCAUCAGCACUGAGGCAUCCCCCUUCUUUCCCAUCUUGCCAUUUUGCUGUGUAUUCUCAUUUGGUGCGAGGCAUGGACUCGGCUUCAUUUAAUAAGUCGUUACUAUU